AAUGUUCAUGAGCGUAAUAUAAAUGUUUUAAAAAUAUACAUUAUUGGAGACAUUCAAGCCGCUGACAGCAUUUCAAUUUUCGCGCUCACGUCCGGUAGGAGUAUGCUGAUUGGUUCGAUUCCUCAGGCUGGCGCCAUUUCUUUUUACGCGACGCGACGCAUCGUGCACCAUGCCAUCUCCGCCUCCGUUGGCUACUUGGCUCCGUUGUCUGCCGUUGUCUCUGACGGAACCGCGCCAAGGGAGUUGCGUUUGAUAACUCGUGAUCGGAGUCCAUAAAAUGGAGCCGUCGGCUACGUACUGCUUCUGUGGCGGUUCGUACGACCCGCAGCAGUUCAUGAUACAGUGCGAUGUGUGCAAAGAGUGGUACCAUGGCGGAUGCGUCGACUUGAAGGAAUAUGUGACUGUAGAUCUUGACAAGUACCACUGUCCGCGAUGCGAAACCACGUGUGGACCUUCGAUCAUGAAAGUUAGGACAAACUGGCAUAGACACGAUUAUACCGAACGCGAUGCAGAUACGAAGCCAGUUCAAACUGGAACCUCAGUAUUCAUACGAGAGCUGAAAUCUAGACACUUUUCUAAAGCUGACGAGGUUGUGAAGCAUGUGAAAGGCCACCAAUUGACUUUUCAGUAUUUACAAAUUAAUGGCUUUGAAAAUCCUAUCAUAAUCGAUGUGAAAGAUGGACUUGACAUGACUAUACCACCUCCGAGCUUUAGUGUCUGUGAUGUUGAGACUUACAUAGAUGGUGAUCGAGAUAUGGAUGUAAUCGAUGUUACCAGACAAAGUAACAUACGUAUGAAAUUAAAAGACUUUGUAGAAUAUUACAAUUCUCCUUCUCGAACAAGAGUGCUUAAUGUCAUAAGUCUUGAAUUUACUAACACUGGUCUCUCAUCUCUGGUUGAAGCGCCAUACAUUGCACGCAAACUCGAUUGGGUUAAUUCAGCAUGGCCACGAGAUUGGCCUGAGGACAGUGACAUAAAACGACCAGAAGUACAAAAGUAUUGCCUAAUGGGGGUCAAAGACAGUUUCACAGACUUUCAUAUCGAUUUCGGCGGCACGUCCGUCUGGUAUCAUGUACUACGUGGUGAAAAAGUGUUCUAUCUCAUCAAGCCAACGCCGGCGAAUUUGCAGUUGUAUCAGCAUUGGAUGUGCAGCUCGACACAGAGCGAAACCUUCUUUGGGGAUCAAGCCGAUGCAUGUUAUAAAUGCGUGCUUAAGCAAGGCCAGACAAUGAUGAUUCCCACAGGCUGGAUACAUGCAGUGCUCACACCGGUGGAUUCUUUGGUUUUCGGUGGAAAUUUCGUGCAUAGUCUCAACAUUCAAAUGCAAAUACAGGUAUAUGAGUUAGAGAGAAAGAUGAAGACCCCAGCAAAAUUUCAGUAUCCUGGAUUUGAGACGAUUAAUUGGUUCGCGGCUAAGAAAUUGCUGAAAGAAUUGAAAGAAUUGAAUAACGAGGGGAAGAAAUGUCCGCCGUAUCUUUUACAAGGUGUAAAGGCAUUGCUUGGGAUCCUCAAACAAUGGAAUACAGAUAAGGAUUAUAACAUGAUCAGUCGCGGUCAAAUACCGGACACGAUAAAUAGUCAGAAAUUACUGAAAGAUCUUAGUAAAGAGAUACGGCAUGCGGAACGAUACUUAAUAUCCUUAAAUCCGCCGAAGCCAGAGCGCGAGAGUAAACGAAAGAAGAGGAAGCCGUUGAACAAGGAUUUCGUAGAUUUUGAUUAUGCCGAUAAAAUAGCCAAUAACGCUUUUAAAUCGAACAAAGCCACGUUAAAGGAAGCAAAUAAAGCAACGUCAAAGGAAACAAAUAAAUCAACAUUAAAGGAAACGAAUAAAGUAACGUUAAAGCAGAAGAAUAAAAUGGAACCUGCUUUGAUCGAACAGCCAUUAGCGCGACCGCCGUUGAAGCUUACAUUGCCGAAACCGAUUAUGUGUCCCGUGGUUAAACCGCCUGUGACAGAGAAACCAACCGCCAACAGUAAUAAACGACAAUUAACCAAGCCGGGAAAACAGAGUCCUACCGUAAUUAGAUUUAAGCUCGGCAACAAUGAGGUUGUCAGAAGUACAAAUGACAAUAUAAACGUUUACGGUAGCGGUAUUGUGACCGGUCACUCAUUCGAGACGACGAAGGAAACGCUAUCGCCAUGGAAUCAGACGUCGUCCGUGUACGAUUUUCACGAUGGUAGCAACGAGAGUGACUACGGUCUCGUGAUAGAUGAAUCGCAGAAGCGAAAACGGGCUCCGAGAUCGAAGCGAGUCAAACGCGAUUACGACGGUGACGUUGACGUGCUGAAUAACGCACCGAAGAACGGUAUAGAGGAACUGUUAAAGGCGUCAGCUUAUACCCUUGGAAAUGGUACUCCAAGGGUUGAUGUUACACCACCAACCACGAUUUCACAGUACAAUCAGCCUAUGCCGCCGCCUACUGGUUCUGACAGGGCGUCACCGUCCACACGGGAGGCGAUUGCUGGGAUGCUGUCGUUCAGCCAGCAGAGUUACUCUACAACAAGUAGUUCUACGAAAUCGUCAAAGAGACCCGUUAAGAGUCAACAAAAUGACGAUGAAGAUGAUGAUCAGUUGAUAGAAAAUAUCGACAAGGUUCACCAAGAUGAUGAUUUUAUUUAUCCAGCUUUAGAUGCUUCCGACGACGAAGAUUAUAUGUUUUUUAAGCCUAAAGCAAAGAGUCAAAUUGACGAAGCAUGGAAUCCGAAAGCUAGAGUGGGACCUCUUUUACCAAAGACAAAUCGACCGGCACGGGAAGGCGCGAAAAAAACGUCUGUGGAAAAGGGUCUGGAAGCAGCUGCGGCGAAGAGAGCUAAACAAUCGGAUGAAUACCUGGAUAACGACAUGGACAAGGUUACCAAGAAAAAAUUGGGUGCCAACAAACGAACGUACAAUAAAAAGAAACAAAAAGAUCCUGUGGUCCCUACAGUAGGAACCACGUCAUCGACUACAGUUUCUGAAAAUGUUAUAAAAUCACCUCCCGGAUUCGGAUCCAUACUAACAAGUCCUAACAGACUCAAGGAUGUUAAAGCUAAACUUGCAGCACCUGUUCCAGUUGAACGAAAACCGAAAAAGGGGAUGAAAACGGCGAAGCAGCGUUUAGGGAAGAUUCUGAAACUUCAUAAAAUGAUGCACUAGAUGGAAUUAUUAUUAUAAAAGAGGAAGGAAACAUCACGUCAUUUUUCACUUGUGUAUAAAACCACAUAGUUGUACAUUACCAUGUAAAUAUAAGAAAUUUUUCAUUAAGGUGAUGCAGACCUUACAAAAGCGAAUUAGUUUUAAAGAUCAACGUCAUUUUCUAAGCGAUACUUAUAUUUAUUACUACAUCGUAUUUAAUUUUAGGCAAAUAUACAUAUAAUGACUCUUUUGAUAUCUUGAUAUUUCAAUAAGAUGAUAUAUAUAUUGUAAUAAUAGGUUACUAAUGCUUUAUGUCAUAGUUGGGAUGUUGUAUUGAUUUUGUUGUUGAUGCCUAUUACUUAUUUUUAAAUUAAUAAUUGAAAAUCUUGAAAUUUUAAAUAAAACAUUGCACAAUUAUAUAUUAA